GAAAUGGGAACGGGGAGGGGAAAGGCCGCGACGUGAGCGCGCGACCUCCGGCGCCAUUUUGUCGAGAAACAAGCGGAGUUAACCGAAGAGGGGGUCGAGGAGAGCUGGAGUCGGGGACCCAGGAGUUUCCUGUGUCCAGCGCUGCCGGAGCCGCCUGAGGUGCCAUGUUUCAGAACAGAGUAAGACCCCUGGUAAAGAAGAACUGAAGAAAUUAUACAGACACCAGAUAUAGCCUAAUUAAAAAGAAAGCAUUAACCUGCCUCUGAGGUGACUAAAGGGGAAUAAUGGUGAUUUUGCGCCGGGCUCGGCCGCCUGCUUCCGCCCCAACCAGCAAUGAAUCUUGACUCGCUCUCGCUGGCCUUGUCUCAAAUCAGCUACCUGGUGGACAAUUUAACCAAGAAAAAUUACCGAGCCAGCCAGCAGGAAAUACAGCAUAUUGUGAAUCGGCACGGUCCUGAGGCAGACAGGCAUUUAUUACGCUGCCUAUUUUCGCAUGUGGAUUUCAGUGGCGAUGGUAAAAGCAGUGGCAAAGAUUUCCAUCAGACUCAGUUUCUGAUUCAGGAGUGUGCGUUGCUGAUUACAAAGCCAAAUUUUAUCUCGACGCUGUCGUAUGCCAUUGAUAAUCCAUUGCACUAUCAGAAGAGUUUAAAGCCUGCACCCCACUUAUUUGCCCAGCUGAGUAAAGUGCUCAAAUUAAGCAAAGUACAAGAGGUAAUUUUUGGCCUUGCCCUGUUGAAUUCUUCCAGUUCAGAUCUUAGAGGUUUCGCUGCCCAGUUUAUCAAACAGAAGCUUCCAGAUCUUCUGCGUUCUUACAUUGACGCAGACGUCAGUGGAAAUCAAGAAGGUGGCUUCCAAGAUAUAGCAAUAGAGGUCUUACACCUCCUCCUCUCCCAUCUCCUCUUUGGGCAGAAGGGAGCCUUUGGAGUUGGACAAGAACAGAUAGACGCUUUUCUUAAGACGUUGCGCAGAGAUUUUCCCCAAGAACGCUGUCCUGUGGUGCUUGCACCACUUUUAUACCCUGAAAAACGGGACAUUCUAAUGGACAGGAUCCUGCCUGAUUCCGGAGGGGUAGCUAAAACCAUGAUGGAGAGCUCUUUGGCUGAUUUCAUGCAAGAAGUAGGCUAUGGCUUUUGUGCAAGUAUUGAAGAAUGUCGCAAUAUAAUCAUGCAGUUUGGUGUUCGGGAGGUCACAGCUGCCCAGGUUGCAAGAGUUUUGGGAAUGAUGGCUCGAACUCAUUCAGGAUUAACAGAUGGCAUUCCAUUACAGAGUAUUUCUGCUCCGGGCAGUGGGAUCUGGAGUGAUGGAAAAGAUAAAAGUGAUGGAGCACAGGCACACACGUGGAAUGUAGAAGUCUUGAUUGAUGUUCUUAAAGAACUGAAUCCGAGUUUGAAUUUCAAGGAAGUAACUUAUGAACUGGACCAUCCUGGAUUUCAAAUUCGUGACAGUAAAGGACUUCAUAAUGUGGUUUAUGGCAUUCAAAGGGGUUUGGGUAUGGAAGUCUUCCCAGUAGACCUCAUAUAUAGACCUUGGAAACAUGCCGAAGGCCAGCUCUCCUUCAUUCAACAUUCCCUUAUAAAUCCAGAGAUCUUCUGUUUUGCUGACUAUCCCUGUCAUACUGUUGCCACUGAUAUUCUGAAAGCACCACCAGAGGAUGACAAUCGAGAAAUUGCCACAUGGAAGAGCUUGGAUUUGAUUGAAUCUCUGCUGAGGCUUGCAGAGGUUGGGCAGUAUGAGCAAGUCAAACAACUCUUCAGCUUCCCUAUCAAACACUGUCCAGACAUGCUGGUAUUGGCCUUACUGCAAAUUAACACCUCUUGGCAUACCUUGCGCCAUGAACUCAUCUCCACUCUGAUGCCAAUUUUCCUUGGAAACCACCCUAACUCAGCUAUUAUUUUGCACUAUGCAUGGCAUGGGCAGGGACAGUCUCCCUCAAUUCGCCAACUCAUCAUGCAUGCAAUGGCAGAAUGGUACAUGAGAGGGGAGCAGUAUGAUCAGGCCAAAUUGUCUCGAAUACUUGAUGUGGCCCAGGACUUGAAGGCCUUGUCAAUGCUGCUAAAUGGUACUCCAUUUGCCUUUGUUAUUGACCUUGCUGCACUUGCUUCACGUCGUGAAUACCUCAAACUUGAUAAGUGGCUCACAGAUAAAAUUCGAGAGCAUGGGGAGCCUUUUAUCCAGGCAUGUAUGACUUUUUUAAAGAGACGAUGUCCUUCUAUUUUGGGUGGACUUGCCCCAGAAAAAGACCAGCCCAAAAGUGCUCAACUUCCUCCAGAAACUCUGGCGACAAUGUUGGCCUGUUUGCAAGCUUGUGCAGGGAGUGUUUCUCAGGAGUUAUCGGAAACUAUCCUUACCAUGGUAGCCAAUUGCAGUAAUGUUAUGAAUAAGGCCAGACAACCACCACCUGGAGUUAUGCCAAAAGGACGUCCUCCUAGUGCUAGCAGCUUAGAUGCCAUUUCUCCUGUUCAGAUUGACCCUCUUGCUGGAAUGACAUCUCUUAGUAUAGGUGGUUCAGCUGCCCCUCACACCCAGAGUAUGCAGGGUUUUCCUCCAAAUUUGGGUUCUGCAUUCAGUACCCCUCAGUCACCAGCAAAAGCAUUUCCACCCCUUUCAACCCCCAAUCAGACCACUGCAUUCAGUGGUAUUGGAGGACUUUCAUCACAGCUUCCAGUAGGUGGUCUUGGCACAGGCAGCCUGACUGGUAUAGGAACUGGUGCUCUUGGACUCCCUGCAGUGAAUAACGACCCUUUUGUACAGAGGAAACUGGGCACCUCUGGAUUGAACCAGCCUACAUUCCAGCAGAGUAAGAUGAAACCUUCGGACUUGUCUCAGGUGUGGCCAGAAGCAAACCAGCACUUUAGUAAAGAGAUAGAUGAUGAAGCAAACAGCUAUUUCCAGCGAAUAUAUAAUCAUCCACCACAUCCAACCAUGUCUGUCGAUGAGGUAUUAGAAAUGCUGCAGAGAUUUAAAGACUCUACUAUAAAGAGAGAACGAGAAGUAUUUAACUGUAUGCUAAGGAACUUGUUUGAAGAAUAUCGGUUUUUUCCCCAGUAUCCUGAUAAAGAGUUACAUAUAACAGCCUGCCUGUUUGGUGGUAUAAUUGAAAAAGGACUAGUUACUUACAUGGCACUAGGUCUGGCCCUACGAUAUGUUCUUGAAGCCUUACGCAAGCCUUUUGGAUCCAAAAUGUAUUAUUUCGGGAUUGCUGCACUAGAUAGAUUUAAAAACAGAUUGAAGGACUAUCCCCAGUAUUGUCAGCACUUGGCUUCUAUCAGUCACUUUAUGCAAUUUCCACAUCAUUUACAGGAGUAUAUCGAGUAUGGACAGCAGUCGAGAGAUCCUCCUGUGAAAAUGCAAGGCUCUAUUACAACCCCUGGAAGUAUUGCGCUGGCGCAGGCCCAGGCUCAGGCACAGGUUCCAGCAAAAGCUCCUCUUGCUGGUCAGGUUAGCACUAUGGUAACCACCUCAACAACCACUACUGUUGCUAAAACCGUUACGGUAACCAGGCCAACUGGAGUCAGCUUUAAGAAAGAUGUGCCACCUUCUAUCAAUACUACAAAUAUAGAUACAUUGCUUGUGGCCACAGAUCAAACUGAGAGAAUUGUGGAGCCCCCGGAAAAUAUCCAGGAGAAAAUUGCUUUUAUUUUCAAUAAUCUCUCACAGUCAAAUAUGACACAAAAGGUUGAAGAGCUAAAGGAAACUGUGAAAGAAGAAUUUAUGCCAUGGGUUUCACAGUAUCUGGUUAUGAAGAGAGUCAGUAUUGAGCCAAACUUUCAUAGCCUGUAUUCAAACUUCCUUGACACACUGAAGAAUCCUGAAUUUAACAAGAUGGUUCUGAAUGAGACCUAUAGAAACAUUAAAGUAAGAGUUGUUUCUUAUAUUUUUUUAAAUUGUUUCAAAUUUGGAAAUGAAACCAGCACUAUAUUUAAACCUGUGGAUGGGAAUAUUCCCCAUUCUUGGUUACGCUGUAGUGCAAAAGAAUUCCUGGCUCUCUGUUGCACAGCUGACUUGUGCCAUUCUGCUGUUGCUGACUUGGAUGUGAAAUCAUUGCUGCUAGAGGCUUAUGUUAAAGGACAACAAGAAUUGCUCUAUGUAGUGCCCUUUGUUGCCAAAGUCUUAGAGUCUAGCAUUCGUAGUGUGGUUUUUAGGCCACCAAACCCUUGGACAAUGGCAAUUAUGAAUGUAUUAGCUGAGCUACAUCAGGAGCAUGACUUAAAGUUAAACUUGAAGUUUGAAAUUGAGGUCCUCUGCAAAAACCUUGCAUUAGACAUAAAUGAGCUAAAGCCUGGAAACCUCCUAAAGGAUAAAGAUCGCCUGAAGAAUUUAGAUGAGCAACUUUCUGCUCCAAAGAAAGAUGUGAAGCAGCCGGAAGAACUCCCUCCUAUCACAACCACAACAACUUCUACUACACCAGCUACCAACACCACUUGUACAGCCACGGUUCCACCACAGCCACAGUACAGUUACCAUGACAUCAAUGUCUAUUCCCUUGCGGGCCUGGCACCCCACAUUACUCUAAAUCCAACAAUUCCCUUGUUUCAGGCCCAUCCACAGUUGAAGCAGUGUGUGCGUCAGGCAAUUGAACGGGCUGUCCAGGAAUUAGUCCAUCCUGUGGUGGAUCGAUCAAUUAAGAUUGCCAUGACUACUUGUGAGCAAAUAGUCAGGAAGGAUUUUGCUCUGGAUUCGGAGGAAUCUCGAAUGCGAAUAGCAGCUCAUCACAUGAUGCGUAACUUGACAGCUGGAAUGGCUAUGAUUACAUGCAGAGAACCUUUGCUCAUGAGCAUAUCUACCAACCUAAAAAACAGUUUUGCCUCAGCCCUUCGUACUGCUUCCCCACAACAAAGGGAGAUGAUGGAUCAGGCAGCUGCUCAAUUAGCUCAGGACAAUUGUGAGUUGGCUUGCUGUUUUAUUCAGAAGACCGCAGUAGAAAAAGCAGGCCCUGAGAUGGACAAGAGAUUAGCAACUGAAUUUGAGCUGAGAAAACAUGCUAGGCAAGAAGGACGCAGAUACUGUGAUCCUGUCGUCUUAACUUAUCAAGCCGAACGGAUGCCAGAGCAAAUCAGGCUGAAAGUUGGUGGUGUGGACCCAAAGCAGCUGGCUGUUUAUGAAGAGUUUGCACGCAAUGUUCCUGGCUUCUUGCCUACAAAUGACCUAAGUCAGCCCACAGGAUUUUUAGCUCAGCCCAUGAAGCAAGCUUGGGCAACAGAUGAUGUAGCUCAGAUUUAUGAUAAGUGUAUUACAGAACUGGAGCAGCAUCUGCAUGCCAUCCCACCAACUUUGGCCAUGAACCCGCAAGCUCAGGCUCUUCGAAGUCUCUUGGAGGUUGUAGUUUUAUCUCGAAACUCUCGGGAUGCCAUAGCUGCUCUUGGAUUGCUCCAAAAGGCUGUAGAGGGCUUACUAGAUGCCACAAGUGGUGCUGAUGCUGACUUGCUGCUGCGCUACAGGGAAUGCCACCUCUUGGUACUAAAAGCUCUGCAGGAUGGCCGGGCAUAUGGGUCUCCAUGGUGCAACAAACAGAUCACAAGGUGCCUAAUUGAAUGUCGGGAUGAAUAUAAAUAUAAUGUGGAGGCUGUGGAGCUGCUAAUUCGCAAUCAUUUAGUUAAUAUGCAGCAGUAUGAUCUUCACCUAGCGCAGUCAAUGGAGAAUGGUUUAAACUACAUGGCUGUGGCAUUUGCUAUGCAAUUGGUGAAAAUCCUGCUGGUGGAUGAAAGGAGCGUUGCCCAUGUUACCGAGGCAGAUCUAUUCCACACCAUUGAAACCCUCAUGAGAAUUAAUGCUCAUUCCAGAGGCAAUGCUCCAGAAGGAUUGCCCCAGCUGAUGGAAGUAGUGCGAUCCAACUAUGAAGCAAUGAUUGAUCGUGCUCAUGGAGGCCCAAACUUUAUGAUGCAUUCUGGGAUCUCUCAAGCCUCAGAGUACGAUGACCCUCCAGGCCUGAGGGAGAAGGCAGAGUAUCUUCUGAGGGAAUGGGUGAAUCUCUACCAUUCAGCAGCAGCUGGCCGCGACAGUACCAAAGCUUUCUCUGCGUUUGUUGGACAGAUGCACCAGCAAGGAAUACUAAAGACUGAUGAUCUCAUAACACGGUUCUUUCGUCUGUGUACUGAAAUGUGUGUUGAAAUCAGUUACCGUGCUCAAGCUGAGCAGCAGCACAAUCCUGCUGCUAAUCCCACUAUGAUCCGAGCCAAGUGCUAUCACAACCUGGAUGCCUUUGUUCGACUCAUUGCACUGCUCGUGAAACACUCAGGGGAGGCCACCAACACUGUCACAAAGAUUAAUCUGCUGAACAAGGUCCUUGGUAUAGUAGUGGGAGUUCUCCUUCAGGAUCAUGAUGUUCGUCAGAGUGAAUUUCAGCAGCUUCCUUACCAUCGAAUUUUUAUCAUGCUGCUCUUGGAACUCAAUGCACCUGAGCAUGUGUUGGAAACCAUUAAUUUUCAGACACUUACAGCUUUCUGCAAUACAUUCCACAUCUUGAGGCCUACCAAAGCUCCUGGCUUUGUAUAUGCCUGGCUUGAACUGAUUUCCCAUCGGAUAUUUAUUGCAAGAAUGCUGGCACAUACGCCACAGCAGAAGGGGUGGCCUAUGUAUGCACAGCUACUGAUUGAUUUAUUCAAAUAUUUAGCUCCUUUCCUUAGAAAUGUGGAACUCACCAAACCUAUGCAAAUCCUCUACAAGGGCACUUUAAGAGUGCUGCUGGUUCUUUUGCAUGAUUUCCCAGAGUUCCUUUGUGAUUACCAUUAUGGGUUUUGUGAUGUGAUUCCACCUAAUUGUAUCCAGUUAAGAAAUUUGAUCCUGAGUGCCUUUCCAAGAAACAUGAGGCUCCCAGACCCAUUCACUCCUAAUCUAAAGGUGGACAUGCUGAGUGAAAUUAACAUUGCUCCCCGGAUUCUCACCAAUUUCACUGGAGUAAUGCCACCUCAGUUCAAAAAGGAUUUGGAUUCCUAUCUUAAAACUCGAUCACCAGUCACUUUUUUGUCUGAUCUGCGCAGCAACCUACAGGUAUCCAAUGAACCUGGGAAUCGCUACAACCUCCAGCUCAUCAAUGCACUGGUGCUCUAUGUAGGGACUCAGGCCAUUGCGCACAUUCACAACAAGGGCAGCACGCCUUCAAUGAGCACCAUCACUCAUUCAGCACACAUGGAUAUCUUCCAGAAUUUGGCUGUGGACUUGGACACUGAGGGUCGCUAUCUCUUUUUGAAUGCAAUUGCAAAUCAGCUCCGGUACCCAAAUAGCCACACUCACUACUUCAGUUGCACCAUGCUAUACCUUUUUGCAGAGGCCAAUACAGAAGCUAUCCAAGAACAGAUCACAAGAGUUCUCUUGGAACGGUUGAUUGUAAAUAGGCCACAUCCUUGGGGUCUUCUUAUUACCUUCAUUGAGCUGAUUAAAAACCCAGCGUUUAAAUUCUGGAACCAUGAAUUUGUACACUGUGCCCCAGAAAUCGAGAAGUUAUUCCAGUCGGUGGCACAGUGCUGCAUGGGACAGAAGCAGGCCCAGCAAGUAAUGGAAGGGACAGGUGCCAGUUAGAUGAAACUGCAUCUCUGUUGUAUGUGUCACCCUAGCGGUCUCACUGCACCAAGUUCAUAAACUGAAGAAUCCUUUCAGCUGUUCCUGACUUUCCCAGCCCUUUGGUUUGCGGGUAUCUGCCCCAACUACUGUUGGGAUCAGCCUCCUGUCUUAUGUGGGCACGUUCCAAAGUUUAAACGCAUUUUUUUU